GAGUGAGAGAAACACAGAGCGUUUUGGGCAACCGAUCAGGAAGAUGUUUUUGGUGUUGUGAACAAUAGGAGAGAGCGAGUCGACAUCCGAAAGACCUAGCAGCAGCAACUUCGUUGGGCAGGGCAGAGGCAUGGGGAACAAAAGCACAUGUAGUUACUAGUUAGCCCCGAGACCAAGCUUCCAUUCAGUUUGUUACUAUUUUGCUUGUGGAUUUGCAGGUUAUAAACCUGAAUGCUUCUUCUUCUCCUUCUUCUUCUUCCCAAGAAAAGAAUGAGUAAACACAUCGUUUUGGGGCAACCCAGAAAUAGGGUAUUGGUGAGUUGUGUCAGCGACCUGUCGUAGAAACAACAGAAGAGUGCGCAACGGCAUCUGAAACCCAACUGCAGCAACGUCGUUGGAGAACCAAGGCUAUUGACUAAUAAAGUCUUGGUCACUACGUGUCGACUAAUCAAGUUAACGCGGCUUCCAAGUCCUUCUUCCCCUGUUCCCCUUCAUAAUAGAGAGUGAGAAACGCGGCGUUUUGGGCAACUAAUCAGGAAGACGGUUUUGGGGUUGUGAGUAGACGACUUGUCGGAGAAACAACCGGAGAGAGCGAAACGGCAUUGGAGAAUCUAGCUGCAGUAACUUUGUUGGGGAUGGCAGAGGCAUGGGGAACAGAGGCACAUGUUAUAAACAUGAAUGCUUCUUCUUCUUCUUCUUCUUCUCAAGAAAAGAAUGAGGUGUUUCUGGCUUUUAGAGGUAAGGAAACCCACGAUGGUUUUACUGGAUAUCUUUGCAAUGCUUCGUGUCAAAAGCAUAUUCUCACCUACAAGGAUGAUGAGCAAGCUACGGUAGAGGAUCUAGAGGUGGAGAGAUUAGAGAUGGGAAGGGCUCCAGAACUAGUUCCAGAGCCAUAUCUAGCAGCCUUAGAAGGAGAUUGGGAAAGAAUGAAGAGAUUCUAUGAAAAAAACAGAGAAGCAUUGUUUUAUCCUCUCACUGUCACUAAUGACACCCCAUUUAAUAUAGCUGUUUAUAGUAGAACUAAGAGCCCGAUUGAAGAAUUGAUUCAGAUGGUACCAAACCCGCCAAUUGAUAAAGCCGAUGAUAAGAAAUGCACACCUCUUCAUGAGGCUGGUGCUAUUGGAAAUGUGGAAGCGGCUCAAGUGUUGGUGCGUUGCUCUCCGAAGCAGCUUGAGGCUAGAAAUGCUGUAGGAGAAACUCCAAUGUAUAGAGCUGCUGCAUUUGGUAUGACAGAAGUAGUCAAGUAUUUGGCUUCCGAAGUCCGAAGCCGCAACUUGGAUAUGCCUUUUCAGCGCAUCAGAUAUGAUCAUACCUCCAUUCUUCAAAGUGCCAUCCAUGGCCAACACUUCGAGACAGCAUUGUGGUUACUUAAAAAUGAUGAAAUACUGGGAGAUCUGUUGGAUAAGAAAGGCAGAUCAUGUCUUCAAUUAUUGGCAAAUAUGCCAUCGGCUUUCAAGAGUGGUUACCCCAUGAGCAAACUUGAAUCAUUUAUUUACUUCUGUCUGCCAAGUAAUGAAUACGAUGAUGACAAUGGUGAUCAAAUGAAUUUGAGGAAAUGCAACGAUUUGGAAAGUGGACCGGGUAGAAAUCACCUCCAUGCAUCUUGCUUUUUAAGCUUCAAUAGAGCAAUAACCAGGUUGUACUUUGGCUUAUGGACGUUCUUAUGUGCUGGAUGGCCAAUGAUAGGCAACAUUCAAAAGGAGAAAAAGAAGCACGACUCAUCUUGGAAACUUGCUAAGCUGCUCAUAAAGAAAGACAAAUCAUGGGAAAAAACUGAUGUAAAACCAGAUAUAGGAAUCAUUUCGUUUGGAGAAAGAGAAGGAAGUGGAUCGAAGAAAACAAUUGUAUUAGAAAAGGAAGAAGAUGAAGAGGAAAAAGAGGAUAAUAUUCCUCCACCAUUAAUUCUUACAAAUACAACACCAUUGCUUAUAGCAACUAGCACAGGUAUAGAAGAGAUCGUUAAUGGGAUACUUGAUGAGUAUCCUCAAGCAGUAGAGCAUGUUAGUGAUCAAGGACUUAGUAUUAUGCAUGUUGCCAUUAGGCACCGCCAGAGGAAUAUCUUUGAACGUGUGAAGAAGAUGAAGAUUCCGAUGGCGAGGCUAGUUCGGAGAAUUGAUGACAAUGGCUAUACCUUAUUGCACCAUGUUGCCGAUAUGACCUAUUAUUCUAGUCGAAAUUUGGCUAACCCUGCUCUUCAGUUGCAAGAUGAAUUGAAAUGGUUUGAGCGCGUACGGAAAUUAAUUCCAUCCCAUUAUGUCAUGAACCAUAGCAAAGGUGGUCAAACCGCCCCUGACUUUUUCGAAAAGUCUCAUGCAUAUCUUCUCCAAGAGGCACAGAACUGGCUAAAGCGGACAUCAGAAUCCUGCUCAGUAAUCGCAGUGCUAAUAGCCACUGUCGCCUUCACGGUGGCGUAUACUGUUCCGGGAGGUUCCGAUCAGUCCACAGGCCUUCCGAUAUUGCGUCACCACCCUUUCUUUGCGGUUUUCACAGUCACGGACGUUCUGUCCCUCGUCAGCGCUCUCACAUCGGUGGUGAUGUUCAUCUCUAUCCUCACCUCUCCCUUCAGGCUUCAAGAUUUCCGCAAGUCUCUUCCCCGAAAGCUUACGCUGGCAUUCACCUUCCUGUUCCUCGCAGUGGCAGUGACCAUGAUGGCUUUCUCCGCCACUGUAAUUCUGAUCGUCCGUAUGAAGAAGCGGUGGACCACCACUCUUGUCUAUGGCGUGGCUUUUGUUCCGGUGACGGUGUUCGCACUCUUGCAAUUCCCUCUCUACGUUGCGUUUAUGGGCACCGUGAAGCACACUCUAAGAUUCAUGAAGAAUGCUCUACCUUGGAAUUUUCUUAGGCAGUUCGUUUGCAAGAAUCAAUGAAGUUUCGUAAUAGAACAAGAAUAAGCAUUGAACUCGGUUAAAUAAUGUGUAUAUUUAGAUAGCAAUAGCACUGAAGCUGGACUGCCUCUGCCUGCCUUUAUCAAUUGGAUAUUUAACGAAUUGGUUGGUUUCUAAUUUCAAUUUGAGGGAAGUAUUUUAAAUUUUAA